AUGUUCACCAAUGUGACCUUACUACACUAUGGAUGCAUUGGUUCAUCGCCAGUGAAGCCUACCGUUGCUAUCACAGUUCGGACCCUCGCUGUCUACCGACAGACACAUUGUGUGUCCUCGCCUCAGCAUCCACGCCGAAGCCAAAAAAUUGUACGCUAUAGUCGCUAUCUUGCAGAGCAACUCUGCACUGCCUUCAAUGUUUACCUUGAGCUUCAACGACAGAUUUCAUGUCGUCUUGACAAGCACCUUGGUCGUGACACUCCCAACUGGCGGAUGUUGAACUCAUGCCCAGUGUGCCAGUACAGACUUGAAGAAGAACCGCCCUUACUAUAUUCCAUCAUCUGUGCCUGUGAUGGCAACAAUUCGGCCAAACUCAUGGAUCCAGCAGUUCAUCAUGGGGUGGAGCGGUUAGACCCUCGUUCUGGGACAUCCUCCAUUUGGCUUAGUGAGCCAUAUGUUGAUGGGUUUGCUGAUGAGGUAGGGAAUGCGCAGAAACAGUCAAAGAAGUCUCGCCCUACUGCACCUGCAUCAUCAGUCCAUGAUCCUGAUGAUCCUUGGAUUGAGGAUCUUGAUUCAGGUGAUUCAUCUGAGCCGAAGAUGUUUGCGAUCUUCAAAAAAUCAGGAAUAUUCAUCACCGUCUGCCGUCAUGGCUUUCUUCUGACCAUAUGCAAUAUGGUUCGAAGUGGUGAACUUAUGAAAUACCCACUCGCUAGCCUCAACAAAUUGAUGGAAGUGUUCGGCAAGAACAUCCUUUACAGCUACGACAUCAAAUGUGCGCUUGAGAAGAUCCUACUCCGCAGCUCACUAGCAAAUUGCAUCAAGGAACUCAACCUUCAGGGCGUGGUUCCUGCCUUUCAUGGUCAUGCUCACAAUCACCUUUGCCAGGUCCAGCAUCAUUCUAAGUAUAAGCUUGGUGCUGGUAAGGAAGAUUUCGAGACUUGCGAACAUAACGCUACCGAGUUUCAUCGCCACCAAGCUCUCGAUGAACACUUUCGCUUCGCUGACAUGGACAAGUAUGCUAAUCUGUCUAAUUUUCUCUACAACAAUUAUGUUCAAGCGCUCGAGGCUAUUGCUGCCACUUCUACAUUCCUUGCCGAAUCUCCAAUUGGACCCGAUGCGCCUUUUGAGACCGAUUUGGCUGAUGAGAAGACGUCGUUGGAGAAAAUGUCCUGCAAGCAAGAUGCCACGUCUGUUCAAGUUGACUAUGUGAAGGCGUUAGUUGAGUAUGACGAUGCAUUGCUUGAUCUUCAGGCAAAUUGCUCCUCAAAGGAGAUUGGUAACGUUAGGCGCCACCACACUCACACCGCUGCUAAGUGCGACCAAAAGCAGAAAAUAGUUGAGGACUUUGAAUGCCAGAUGGAGAUUGAUGAACAUUGGGGUCCUGAUCACCCAGAGCGCAUUCAGGCACAGUCGUGUAUAACACACCGGCUCUUUUUCAAGGCUCUCGAUGAUGUUGAGAGACUGGUGGUCAUGCGAUUAUUGGAACUAACGAAGUUGCAGAUGAAUGGUCUUGGUUACAAACUUCGCACUCAAAUUUCCAAGGCCCUCAAAAGCCUGAAGAAUAAAUACGCUGCCAAAAUGAUGCUGCCCCGCCCUCCACUUGAAUGGACUCAAAUUGUCAAGUAUUCUUUUUUAGCUGAUGACGAGCAGAUUCAGACUAAACGGUGGGCAAACCUGCUUUAUCGGCAAGCAUCAACACAAUACUUUGACGGUGUGCGUGCCAAGGAGGAAGUGCAGAGACUCAAUGUAGAAGUUGGUCGUCUGAUGACGAAGAUUCACGAUGAUGCUAUCUACUAUCCCAGUGCAAUCACUGCCCUUUCCGCUGAAGACUCACCACUUGCCUCCGAGCUGAGUCGGCAAUGGGAUCAGCUUCAGUCGCUGAAUUUGUGGCAUCGGCAACGGAUCUGUCAAAUUCAAUCUCUUCAUGGAUAUUCUGGCCUGCUAAUGCCAGGCACACGACUUGGAUCAGCUGGUGGUGUUGAGGGUUAUAUUGAAGGACUUGAGCGUCAUGCUGCCGAUGAUUUGUAG